GCCAAGAGCAGAGCCAACAGCACAUGUCCUAAGGUGGGAGGUGGGUGAAUAAUUCUGUCACAAAUGAGCUGUCCCCCUGAACUCAGCUGCCAGCCUCUAUCUAAAAAGGACUAAGACACUUCACAACAAUUGUCUCACUUUGCAGAGGAACGUGAGAUUGCUGGGACUUAGCCAUUUUGGACGCUUUGCUGCUACCUGAAAGGAGUGGCUGAGGGUGACCUGACACACAACACAACUGGCAAGGAAUCUGUAUGGACAGAAGCACAGAGUAAGGCUCUGGAACCAGACAGCUCAGGUGGCCCUUACUGCUAAUGGAGGAUUUCCCAGUAUCCGUGGAUUUUUUGAAGCAAGUACCUCUGCCCAGCAAUCUCUUCUUCCUCACCUACCUUCUCCUUUUCCUUCAGCAUGAGGAGGCAAAUUCAGAGGAGGUCAAGGUGAUAGGCCCUGGGGAAUCCAUACUGGCCAUUGUCGGGGAAGAGGUGGAUUUCCCGUGCCAAUUGUCACCGCUCCUGGACGCUGAAGACAUGGAGAUCCACUGGUUCCAGAGCCAGCCCUCGGAUGUAGUGCACCUGUACAAGGGGCGGCAGGAGCUCUUCGACCGACAGAUGGCGCAGUUCCAAAACAGGACCAAACUCGUCACGACGGAGAUCAGCUCUGGCAAAGUCGUCUUGCUGCUCCGCAGCGUCGUUCCAUCAGACGAGGGCCUGUAUGGAUGCAGCUUUCUCUCCAACAACUUCUCUGGUGAAGCCAUCUGGGAGCUGGAGGUAGCAGGGCUGGGCUCAGAUCCACAUAUCUACAUUGAAGGCUUUAAGGAAGGAGGCAUUCAGAUGAGAUGCACCUCCAAUGGCUGGUACCCCAAACCCAAAGUUCAGUGGAGAGAUCACCAGGGACAGUGCCUGCCACUGGAGUCUGAAGUCAUUACCCAAGAUGUCAAGGGCCUGUUCAAUCUGGAAACAUCUGUAGUUGUCCAAGGUGAAGCCCAUCGCAACAUGUCCUGCUCCAUCCAGAGCCCUCUGCUGAUCCAGAAGAAAGAGUUUGUGGUCCAGAUAGCAGAUGUAUUUCUUCCCGGAACUUCCCCUUGGAAGAGUGCUUUCUUAGGGACCCUGGUGGCACUGCCGCUACUCCUGGCCCUCCUCGCGAUGCUGGCGUUGUACUACUUGCACAAGCAACAGCAGUCUCAAGAAAAGCUAAAGAAACAGACAAAGAAGGAACAAGGAAAACUGACUGCACAGCUGAAGAAGCUUCAAACAGAGCUUGACUGGAGAAGGACUGAAGGUCAGGCUGAGUGGAGAGCAGCACAACAAUAUGCAGUGGACGUGACCUUGGAUGCAACCACAGCGCACCCCAGCCUGGAGGUUUCUAAGGAUGCCAAAAGCGUUUCUUCUCGCCCAGCGGUACCGAUUCUUGCAGAUGGUUGUCCGCAAAGGUUCACUGAGCAAACAUGCGUCCUGAGCCGGGAGCGCUUCUCCACAGGCCGCCACUACUGGGAAGUGCACGUGGGCCGAAGGAGCCGCUGGUUCCUGGGCGCCUGUCUGGCAACUGUGCAACGCUCAGGACCCGCGCGCCUGAGCCCGGCUGGUGGCUACUGGGUGAUGGGGCUGUGGAACAGCUGCGAGUACUUCGUCCUGGACCCACACCGUGUAGCGCUCACUCUGCGCGUGCCUCCGCGCCGCGUGGGCAUCUUCCUGGACUGUGAGGCAGGAAAGCUGUCCUUCUUUAACGUGUCGGAUGGCUCCCAUAUCUUCACCUUCACAGACACCUUCUCAGGGGCUCUCUGCGCAUAUUUCAGGCCCAGGGCCCACGAUGGUGGAGAACACCCUGAUCCACUAACCAUCUGCUCUUGGCCGGCUAGAGGGACGUGCAUCCCAGAAGAGAACGACUUGGACUGCCUGUUACAGCCUUAUGAUCCCUUGGAUACCGACUUAGGUCUGUGGUGAGGCUCUCCCCGGGUUGCAAGACCAGGCCUGGGAAGCUUCCUGGGAAUGCUGGUUACUCCUUUGCUCUCUGGCUUUCUCUAUAGCCAACAAAUAUGCACCGACUAAAAUGUGAGCAAAGCCUAAAGGCUCAGAGCAGCGGAGGGGGAACAAGAGGUAGGAGUACAUUUGCCUAUGCAGAUGUGUGUAUAUAGUUUUCUUUAAGAGGCACUUUCAAAGAUUAUUUGCAUAUAAGAUUCAGCUAAUGAGUAAAAAUAUAAUCGAUGACACAUGGGAACCAGACUACUCAAUGCGGGAGAUGGGAAAGGAAUUGUAAUGGGGGAACUGGGAUGAGGUAUUGUGGGACUAGAUUAGAAGUAUUGAUUAUUUCAUAUAAUUGGCACAUACUUUUUGUAUAAAUUUGCUAGCUCUACAAAAAUUUAUCAGUAAUGACACCUCAUAAGUAAUAAGUUCAUCUAUGGCUCAGAUCCUAGCUUUAAAUACUAUUUACGACUAAAAUAAAUUUGGAGAAAUGGCUGAUUCCAAGGGUGGGUAGAGGAAGUACAAAAGCCUGUACCAUCUUGGUGUACAAAGUAAAUAAAAAGAAAAGAAAAGAAAAAAAAAAAACGGUGCUCAGAAACUGAUGGGCAGGAAGAACAAGUUCAAGAGUUCUAUUGUACAAAAUAAUGACUAUGGUUAUUAGCAGUGUAUUGUAUGCUUAAAAAUCACUGAGUAAAUUUUAAAUGUUUUCAAUUACAACAAAAAAUGUAUGUGAGGUAAUUAAUUAGCUUGAUUUAUCCAUUCCACAAUGAUUAUGUGUGUGUGUGUGUGUGUGUGUGUAGCUUGCCAUUCCACAGCCCGUCUGUGAAGCACACAGAACUUUAUAUAGAUAUGUAUGUGUGUACAUAUACAUAUAAAACACCAUAAAUAUAUAAUUUUUAUUUGUCAAUUAAAUAAAUAUUGAAAAAUAAAGAAAAGCCCGUGCAUAAAGCAAAAGUACAUAGGUGCCAGCUUGGAGGGGCUUCCCUGACCAAUUAUAGAACAAUUUGAACAUCAAAAUAAAUAACAGUGUAUUAUAGUGCAUUGAAUGAGACCAUGUAGACACUUAAUUUCUUUUUCUUUUUUAAGAAAAACAGGAUUUUUUUUUUUUUUUUUUUUUUUUUUGGUAUCGGGGAUUGAACUCCAGGGGCAUUCAACCACUGAGCCAUAUCCCCAGCCCUAUUUUGUUUUUUUAUUUAGAGACAGGAUCUCACUGAUUUGCUGGGUGCCUUGUGCCUUGGCCUCUCAAGCCACUGGGAUUAUAGGCAUUCACCACUGCACACCACUAGGAAGUUUUUGUUGUUUUUUUUUAAAGAGUUGGAAUUUAGCUGAAAGAGGUAAAAGGAGAGAGAGGACCCUAAACAGUUCACAACACCAUGGAAAUAAUUAAGGUAGAUAAAAAUCACCAGUGAAUCCUAAAACUGUGGGGUAAAAGCUUUUGGAGAACAAUGUAUUUUCUGUCUUAAAAUAGUAAAUUUGCACAACUUUUAUAAAUUUAAAGGGAAUGGUUACCUUUGUGAUGGUAAUCUGACAGACUAAGCAAGUGGUUAAAUUUAGCAUAAAAAGGCAUUAAUUUGACAACUAAGGAAAAUGAAAUAACAACUUUAAAUUACUAAGUGAAUAUUAAUUUUCUGAGUGAGACAUUUGUGCUAUGGUUAUUCAGAAGACUUCUUGUUUUUAUCAAAUAUGCUGAAGCUUUUAGAGAUAAAUCACAAUAACUGCAACUGACUCAAGUGACUAAGUGGGAAGAUACACACAGACACACACAGAGAUAUAAAGAAAAAGAUAAAACAAAUAUGACAAAAUAACACUUAGUCAAUCUAGGCAAAUAGUGUACAGAUGUUUGUUGCACUACUCAUGCAGCUUUGCUGUAGAUUUGAAAUUUUUCAGAUUAAAACAGUUGGCAGUGGCAGGGUGGAGAGAAGGAAGGAUAAACCUAAAAGUUAAGUGAUCUUCUUUGGAUAAGAAAAUGGUGAUUGUUAGGUUUUAUUUUUUUUUUUAAUUUCUUCUCUAUUUUUAAAAUAUAUAUGAAUUUAGUUCUUAUAAUGGGUUAAAGAAUUAAGCAUAAGACCUGAAACUGUAAUAUUUCUAGAAUAAAACAGAGGAAUUGCUCCAUGACAUUGGUUUGAGCAAAGACUACUUAUAUAUAGGCCAAAAACACAGGGAACAAUAAUAAAUAUAAACAAAGGCAUUGCAUCAAAGAAGCUUCAGCACAGCAAAAUAAACAACAGGAUGAAGAAACAAUACAUGGAUUGAGCAAAAAUAUUUGCAAACUAUGUGUUAGGGGAUGAAUAUUCAAAAUAUAUAAUAGACUUGAACAACUUAAUAGCAACAAAAUAAAUAAUGAUCCAAAAAUGGCCAAAGAACUGGGAAUGUAGAUCCAUGGUAGAUACUUGCCUAGCAUGCGUGAGUAAUAAAGCCCUAUGUUCAAUUCCCAGCGACACUUCCAGCAAAAAAGCAAAGAAAUUAAAGACAUUUCUUCAAACAAGACAUACAAACAUAAAUGGCCAACAGACACAUUAAAAAAAAUGUUCAUCAUCACUAAUCACCAGGGCAAUGCAAAUUAAGACCACAAUAAGAUGUUUCACACUGUUAAAAUGUCUAUUAUCAAAAAAAAAAGGAAGAUAAUUAGGGCAUGACGGUAUGCUUGUAACCCCAUUGAGUUGGGAGGCUGAGGCCGAAGGAUUGCAAAUUCAAAGGCAGACCCUGUCUCAAAAAUAAGGAAAUAACACCGGGGUUGGGUAUGUGGUUCAGUGGUGUUCCUAAGUUCAAUCCGUAGUAUGGAAAAAUAAGUAAAUAAUACAUAAACACAGGGUGGAUUCUGUUAUUUGUGAUAAUACAGAUGAACAGUGUGUGUGUGUGUGUGUGUGUGUGUGUGUGUGUAUACAAUAUGGAAAACAAUAUGCUAAGUGAAAUAAGCCAGGCACAGAGGGACAAAUACCAUAUAAUCUCACCAAUAUAUACAAUCUAAAAAAGUUGAACUCAUAGGAGACAGUUGGAUGAUGGAUGAUGAAGCCAGGGUGGCAUUGGCUGGGGAAAGGGGAAAUAUUGACCAAACAGUAUAAAAUUUUAGGUAGAUCAGGGUAAAUAAGUUCACUGAUUUAUCAUACAGAAUGGUAACUAUAAAAAAUAAUAAUGCAGUGCAUAUUUCAAAAAUAAUGUUUCCUGACCCUAUGUAAACAUUACUCCUUUAGGAUCAUUUUCACAUUUUAAUAGGAAAAGCAAACACAUAGUGGAUACAAAAGACAAUAUUGAAUUGUUUUUUAAAUAACCAAUGGUAUCAUUAGUCUAUUUUCAAUAAUGGGGAAGCCCAACUUUCAAGCUGGAAGCUACACAUUUUGUGAACUGCGAAGACCAUGCUGGAGGCCACCCAGGCCUAAGUAAGAACCCAAGUCUCUUCAGCAAGUGCUCCAUAACUCUUAGAUAAAUUUCUAAAAACAGGACAUGGUGCGUUUAGUUCUCCCAACUGCUCCCAUUUCCCAUGCAGAUAUUCCUCAAAAUUAGAAAAGGGUGAACACAGCAAUUGUGUAUGAAUCUCCAUCCAGUCUACAAAAUACAGGCACUUCUCUGUGUCUGCAGAUCCCAUAUCUGCAGAUUCAACCAAACAGAUCAAAAAAUCUGAUAAAUGCAUCUGUACUUAACAUGUAAAUUUGUUUCCUUGUUAUUAUUCUUUAAGCACUAUAGUGUAACUGUUUACAUAGAAUUUCCAUCAUUAGGUAUUUUAAAUAAUUGAGAGUGGGCAGGGGUUGUAGCUCAGUGGUAAAGUACUUGCCUCACACACGUGAAGCCCUGGGUUCGAUCCUCAGCACCACAUAAAAAUAAAUAAAUACAGGGGCUGGGGUUGUGGCCCAGUGGUAGAGUGCUCGUCUGCCAUGUGUGAGGCACUGGGUUCAAUCCUCAGCACCAUAUAAAUAAAUAAAUAAAGAUAUUGUGUCCAUCUACAACUAAAAAAUAUUGUAAAUAAAUAAAUAAGAGACAACUUAAAGUAUGUUGAAGGACAUGAGUAGGUUGUAUGCAAAUAUUAUGCUAUAUUACAUAAGGGUCUUGAACUUGGGCAGAUUCUGUUAUGGUACCCUUGGGAAGGUGAGGAGAAUUCUGGCAACAAUACCCCUGCAGAUACUGAGAGAUGACUGUAUAAACCUGUGAUGUAUCUUGCUGCAAGGCUUCCAUUGCUUGACUCUGGACACCCAACUCAAUGACUAGCAAAGCUAAAAUCUCCACAGUGAAGCAACGUCCUGUUAUUAUUGGCACCACAGGGAAAUUGUCACUAAAAAAACAAAGAUUCCCCAUGUAUCACUCCCACACAUUUUUUAUUGGCUUAUAAACUGAUGCAAAUUGAGGUCAA